AUGGAGCGUUUUACAUCUUGCCCGAGGGAAACAGGUGUCACCUGGAAAAUGAGGAAAAUCGGCAGCGAGGAGUAUGCCAGUACCGGCGGCAUAUUAAGGCAGCUGGAGCAGACUGCUUUGCUGUCAGGACGGAGCGAGUCAAUGACCUGGCUGACGCCGUCCAACUGUCUGCCGAUCUGGAGUCGGCGGCUGGGCCGCAACGUGGAGGGUUGCCAGAGGCACUGCGACGCUACUCGGAGCCAGAACUUCGACGUGGAGCUGACGGGACGACUGUGGUCGCUGUGGGGCGGACUGCAUCCGAGGGCUCCUUGGUUCGACGGGAAGGUGCGUGGGCGUCAAACGCUCGGCUGCUGCGUGGUGGCCUGUUGUGUGGCCAGUACAUUCCGCCACCUUGGCGAGUGGAGCGGAAAGCUGCUGGACGCCAUCGUGGUUAACGGAGACCGCUACUACCGCGCGAGCGUGGAGCAGAGCCAGCGUUGGGACCUUCAUCUGGGUGUGGACGAUACCUGGUGCAACUUGAGCUGGUGGCCUUCGGGCACGUCUAUAGUUCCCCAGCCAGCACCUGAGCACAUGAGCUUGCUAGAGGGCCUCAACUACUUCUUCACGCGCUUUCAGUUUGGCGUCCUGGAGUGCCAGGAGCGUCGCUUCUCCUUCGGGCACAGCUCCAGCCGCGAUGGUGGCUACUUCCUGUUCGACUGUUCCGCGUGGGACGAUCCCCUAUUCCCGGACGACAUGGGCGCCUCCUACGUGCUGCUGGCCAAGCAGCUGCAGAUGCUACUCUACUGCGUGGUGGUCACGCUCAAUGUGCGGCGCCGAAAUGUCGAGUUCCGCCUUUACAACGUGGACGAGGCCCGAUUGCCCGGUGAUGCCCGAAAAUGCAUUGAAGGCGAACCUUAGUUAUCUGACCCAUUCGAAAGUUCGUCAGGACACCAGUAUUCGAAUUCGGGCUACCUUAAGCAUUACUUUUACUACAAUCGAUUUAAUUAAGCCCUGCUCAUUUUGUAGUAAUAGCGAGCUUACGGAAUAAGGUUUCGAAGGGGACCUCCGGCAACUCAAGAGAUUUCUCCACGCCCCACUGUGUGUGCCCAAGCAGCCAACUGACUCAGAAAACCAGUUCCGUUUCAAAACCAAAACAAAGGAGUUUCUCGUUCUCUUUUUGCCAGUCGCGGAAAGUUAAAAAUAAAACACAAAUAAUAAAUAAAAGUAAAACCUGUCCACUACGCAAAUAUGCAAAACAUUGCACGGA